AGAUAGCACGGACAGAAGAAGAAGCAGCUCGCAGGGCGUGGCGGGAUAGGAGACCACUCAGUGGAGGACCGAGUACAGUGCCUCAGCUGGCGAGCUGCAGAGAAGAUGGCUGCAGUGUGGAUUUUCAGGCCAAUGUCUGAAAACACUGCACUGUUGGUCAUGUUUCACGACGGCUAGCCUUCGUGUCGCCCCGUUUAUUUAGUCGUUUUUUUCAAGGAAUCGAAGGGGAUAAAACAUGGGGUCUCAAACUCUACAGAUCCUCAGGCAGGGUGUCUGGGCUUCAAUCACAGGCGGAUGGUACUAUGAUCCCCAUCAAAAUACAUUUGUCAAUGCUCUACACCUCUACCUCUGGCUGUUCCUACUAUGUUUCCCCUUCACGCUUUACAUGGCGCUCCCACCCACCAUGGUGAUAGUGGGGAUCUACUGUGGUGUGAUAGCUGGCAUGUUCCUGCUCCUGAAGACUGUCAACUACCGGCUGCAUCAUGCCCUGGACGAGGGAGAGGUGGUAGAGCACCGGGCCAAGGGGAAAGAGGGCAGCGGGGCCAGCACUGAGGGGGCCAACGAGGGCAGCGCCACACGCCAGGAGGACAGUAACGGACCAGGGGACCCUGGUGGGGGUAUAGAGAUGGCAGACUUCAUUCGAGAGGAGACUCCACCAGUAGACUGCAGCUCCAGAAACUCUUAUACAGGGAUGGACUCCAGUCACCAGAUUGCGUCCACCAACCGUCAUGGAGGAUCCACUACAGCCAAAGCCCUCGGGAGCGAGGACACGGUCACGUUUCGGCGUGAGCGUAGCACGUUCCGUCGGCAGGCGGUGCGGCGGCGGCACAACGCGGGGAGUAACCCCACGCCCCCCUCCUCCCUCAUCGGAUCACCUCUCAGUCUUCAGGAGGCUCUCAGCCAGGCCUCCCAGCCUUCUACUUCCCAGGUGAAAGGUCAGCCGUCCAGAACCCCGUCCCAGGUGACCGUGCUGAGCUCUAGCGCCUCACUGCUGGCCAGGAAUGGAAGUGCAGACCUGGAGGGCUCUCAGGACAAGGCCUCUACCGUAGGCACUACCAGCCUGCAGGAUGACUUCGGGAAGCUCACUUCCUCCUUGUACGAGGCGGAGGGAUGUGACAUGUCCCUGGUCAACUUUGAACCUGCAACACGACGCGCCUCCAACAACAUAUGGGACACAGACUCCCACCUCUCCAGAUCUACCUCAGUUCGCUUCUACCCUCAUGACCUGAUCCGUCUGAACCGUCUCCUGACCAUUGACCCAGAGCUGUUGGAACAGCAGGAUGUAGACCUGAGCCCAGAGCUCCAUGAUGCUCCUCUAGAUCUGGAGGACCCGGCCACGGCUGCAGCGCGCAAGGCCAAACAGCACUACCGUUUCUGGCUGCUGCCUAACCUCUGGGUCGGCCUGCACUUUGACAGACUCACCCUGCUGGCUCUGUUCGACAGAAACCGUGAGGUUCUAGAGAACAUCCUAGCGGUGGUGCUUGCCGUCCUGGUAGCCUUCCUGGGGUCAGUCCUACUGGUCAGCGGAUUCUUCACUGAUAUCUGGGUCUUCCAGUUCUGCCUCGUCAUCGCCAGCUGCCAGUACUCCCUACUCAAGAGUGUUCAACCAGACUCUUCUUCUCCUCGACAUGGCCAUAACCGUAUCAUCGCCUACAGCCGGCCCGUCUACUUCUGCCUGUGCUGUGUGUUGAUCUGGGUGUUGGACUAUGGCAGUGACAGGACCGGCUCGGCCCGGUUCACCCUGUACGGCGUCGCCCUCACCAGCUCCCUGGUUCUCUCCUCUGCCAGGGACCUGGUCAUAGUGUUCACUCUGUGCUUUCCUAUCGUGUUCUUCGUGGGGCUCCUUCCCCAGGUCAACACCUUCGUCAUGUACCUCUUUGAGCAGCUGGAUAUCCACGUGUUCGGGGGGAACGCCUCCACCAGCCUUCUGUCAUCCCUCUACAGUGUCGUUCGUAGUGUGGUCACCGUGGCCCUUCUCUAUGGCCUCUGUUACGGGGCCCUGAAGGAGACCUGGGAACCGCAGCACAUCCCGGUGUUGUUCUCUGUGUUCUGUGGCCUCCUGGUGGCGGUCUCCUACCAUCUGAGCCGGCAGAGCAGCGACCCCUCUGUACUGAUUUCCUUGGUGCAUUCCAAGCUUCUGCCCAACCUGAAAGACAAGAACACAGAAGACCCCCUGUCAGAGGUGCAGGACCCUUUACCUGAGAAGCUCAGGGGCUCUGUGAGUGAGCGUCUUCAUUCCGACCUGAUCAUCUGCGUCGUCAUCGCCGUCCUCUACUUCGCCGUCCACGUCAGCACCAUGUUCAUCGUUCUGCAGCCGUUCCUGAGCUAUGUGCUGUACUCUCUACUGGGGGCCGUGGGCCUGCUAACACACUACCUGCUGCCACAAGUCCGCAAGCAGCUGCCCUGGUACUGCUUCUCACACCCACUGCUCAAGACCAAGGAGUACUACCAGUUCGAGGUCAGAGGCGUGGCCCAUGUGAUGUGGUUUGAGAAGCUCCAUGUGUGGCUGUUGUUCUUCGAGAAGAAUAUUCUGUAUCCCCUGGUCAUCCUCAACGUGCUGAGUGGCAGCGCCAGGGAACUGGCCAGUCCCAGGAAACUGGACACUGAGGUUGGAGCGUUGAUGAUAACAGUGGCAGGUCUGAAGCUACUUCGUUCCUCCUACAGUAGCCCCACCUACCAGUACAUCACAGUACUCUUCACCGUCCUCUUCUUCACCUUCGACUACCGCAACCUCUCGGAGACCCUGCUGCUGGACCUCUUCCUCAUGUCCAUCGUCUUCAGCAAGCUGUGGGAGCUAUUCUACAAGCUGCGUUUUGUCUACACCUACAUCGCUCCCUGGCAGAUCACCUGGGGGUCGGCCUUCCACGCCUUCGCCCAGCCCUUCGCUGUGCCUCACUCUGCCAUGCUGUUUGUUCAGGCUGUGGUGUCAGCAGUCCUCUCUACUCCGCUCAACCCAUUCCUGGGCAGCGCCAUCUUCAUCACCUCCUAUGUCAGACCCGUCAAGUUCUGGGAGAGAGACUACAACACUAAGAGAGUGGAUCACUCCAACACCAGACUGGCUUCUCAGCUGGACAGAACCCCAGGUUCUGAUGACAACAACCUGAACUCUAUCUUCUAUGAGCACCUGACGCGCUCCCUGCAGCACAGCCUGUGUGGGGAUCUGCUGCUGGGCCGCUGGGGCAACUAUGGGACAGGGGACUGCUUCAUCCUGGCUUCAGACUACCUCAACGCCCUGGUUCACCUGGUGGAGAUCGGCAACGGACUGGUCACCUUCCAGCUCCGAGGACUGGAGUUCAGAGGUACGUACUGCCAGCAGAGGGAGGUGGAGGCCAUUACGGAGGGGGUGGAGGAGGAUGAGAGCUGCUGUUGCUGUGAGCCAGGCCACCUGCCCCAUAUCCUGUCCUUCAACGCGGCCUUCGGACAGCGCUGGCUGGCCUGGGAGGUGCUGGUCACCAAGUACGUCCUGGAGGGCUACAGCAUCACGGACAACAGCGCGGCCUCCAUGCUCCAGGUGUUCGACCUCAGACGCAUCCUGACUACUUACUACGUCAAGGGGAUCAUAUACUAUGUGAUAGCCUCUACCAAACUGGAGGAGUGGCUGGCCAAUGAGACGAUGAGGGAGGGGCUGAAGGCCUGUGGAGAGCGGAACUACGUGGACCUGGACCCGACCUUUAACCCCAACAUAGACCAAGACUACGACCACCGCCUGGCUGGUAUCUCCAGGGACUCCUUCUGCCAGGUCUACCUGGGCUGGAUCCAGUACUGCAACUCCCGACGGCCCAAGCCUCUGGACAGUGAGAAGGACUCUUCCCUGGUGUUGCUGUGCUUCGGCCUGUGUGUGCUGGGCAGGAGAGCACUGGGGACCGCUGCACACCACAUGUCUAGUAACCUGGAGUCUUUCCUGUAUGGGCUCCACGCUCUGUUCAAGGGAGACUUCCGGAUCUCCUCGGUGAGAGAUGAGUGGGUCUUUGCCGACAUGGAACUCCUGAGGAAGGUGGUGGUGCCUGGGAUCCGCAUGUCACUCAAACUACACCAGGACCAUUUCACAUCUCCAGAUGAGUAUGACGAACCAGUGGUUCUGUUCCAGGCCAUCUCGUCUCACCAGCAGAACCUGGUGAUCGCCCACGAGGGUGACCCGGCCUGGCGCAGCGCCGUGCUCUCCAACUCGCCCUCACUACUCGCCCUGCGCCACGUCCUGGACGAGGGAACCAAUGAGUACAAGAUCAUCAUGCUCAACAGACGAUACCUCAGCUUCAGGGUCAUCAAGGUGAAUAAGGAGUGUGUCCGUGGUCUGUGGGCGGGACAGCAGCAGGAGCUGGUGUUCUUACGGAACAGGAACCCGGAACGCGGAAGCAUCCAGAACGCCAAACAGGCGCUACGCAACAUGAUCAACUCCUCAUGUGACCAGCCCAUUGGAUACCCCAUCUACGUGUCGCCCCUGACUACGUCCUAUUGCAACUCCCACACACAGCUAGGUCACAUCCUGGGAGGACCAAUCAGCAUCGGGAAUAUAAGGAACUUCAUCGUCAGUACCUGGCACAGAUUGCGUAAGGGCUGUGGUGCUGGCUGUAACAGUGGUGGGAACAUUGAGGACUCUGAUGCAGGGGGCUUGUCCUGUGCCAGUGGUAACGGGACAGGGCUGAGCGGUGACUCCCAGCAGAGCUCGGUGUCCCAGGGGGGGCUGUCUGGACCGGCCGCUCCCCUGGCCUACCAGCCACACAAUAUGGGUGAGGACCACCACCACAUACAUCACCAUGGACACCACCACCAGGGCUGGGGCACCAGUCAGAGCUCCCAGUCGGUCCAGUCUGGUCUGGUGCACCACUCCCCAGCCCGAGCCUCCGUAACCAGCCAGUCCUCAUCGUACCGCUAUAACAGCAGCCGCCACUCAUCUCUCCGUACCUCGGCCACAGGCCUGGAGCCCUGCCGGCGCUCCUCCACCAGCCAGCUGUCCCUCCGCACCCUCCCCACCUCCCUGCAGCUCCGCCUGGGCUCAGGGUCCUCCUCGGACCCCUCCGCCUCCCUCUCCUCCCACAGUAUCCCACCCUGUAAGAGACAUACCCUAGUGGGCCUGCUGGGGAACGACGGGCUGUGUAGCGCCAUGGCUGACCCGCUGGGUCAACACCAUCACCACAACCAACACAACCCGGCUCUGUCCACCGUACGACGAGACGACAUCUCCUACAGAGUGCAGAUCGUGGAUGUGAGCCAGGUGCUGGAGAUCAUUAACCUGUCGAAGCGGAAGGAGCUGCAGUGGCCCGACGAGACGGUGAGGCUGAGGGCAGGACGCAGCUGCUGGAGAGACUGGCGCCCCCUGGAGGGCAUGGAGGGACAUGUGAUUCACCGGUGGGUGCCUUGUAGCCGUGACCUCACCAGCCGCUCCCAUAUAGACAAGACCAUCCUGCUGGUUCAGGUGGAUGAUAAACUGGUCCCCAUCAUAGAGACUGGGGUCAUAGAGCUGGGAGCCGAGGUCUGACUGGGCCUGAGACAGGAUCCCGUUCAUUAGGCACCAAACGGACUGAAACAGUCUGAAACGGGGAGGGGCUACCUGGACUUUUCUGUUUUCCGUUGCACAACAUUUUGAAACCUGGGGUGUAUACGGUCUGCCCUAACGAUUACACCCUAGUCCUCCUGGGAGUAACCCAGUCAGAGGUCAGAGGUCAGGGUUCACCUUACUGCAGGCCGAGGAGCAGGCCAGCCUGCAGACAGACCGUGAGGAAAGGAAGAUAUCCCUUUGUCCUCUCUGUCCUCUGUCGUCUCUCCUCUAUCCUCUCCUCCGUGGCCUGGAAACCGAGAAGUGGUCGAGUGGUCGAGGAGUGUGUCAGUUCAUUAGUAGGCAAACGGAAGACGGUCCUACCCUCCUCGAUAGCUUCCUUUUGGCGAGGAAGCACAAGUGUAUCCUACCGCAGAAGAGUUUUGAUAUCUGCCGCACCCCCCUUUUUGAAUCAGCUGUUGUAUUAUGAGAGGAGAAAAGCACGUUUAAAAACGGCAUGCUACUUCUCCCUUUUAUCUAGAAAAUGUCUUGCAUAACUAACUUAAUUCUGUUUUUUAUCCCUUUACACAUUUAUUUUGGAAUCCACCCCUGUAAACGUCAUUUGCCUGAUGACACAGGCGAGUAAAAGGGGAGUUUCAUACAAGCGCAUUUUCGUCCACUUUCCCUCUUCUCGAUUACCUUUUGACCUUUUCCAAAAAAGGAGAGGCCGCAGGAGUUUAGCAAAUCUUAAUUGAGAAAAAGGCCCAAAGCUGCAUCCCAAAUGGCACCGUAUUCUCUAAAUAGUGCACUACUUUUGACAAGGCACUACUUAUUGCGGUGUCUGUGUGUGGUCAGCGGUUAGUGUAGAGUGCCGUUUAGGACUCUACACUCUAUAUGUUUGAGGAGAAAAGGAAUCCAGGGAAGAGCGACGGUGGAGGAGGCAGAUGGCAGUACACACUCUCUAUAUGUUUGAGGAGAAAAGGAAUCCAGGGAAGAGCGACGGUGGAGGAGGCAGAUGGCAGUACACACUCUCUAUAUGUUUGAGGAGAAAAGGAAUCCAGGGAAGAGCGACGGUGGAGGAGGCAGAUGGCAGUACACACUCUCUAUAUGUUUGAGGAGAAAAGGAAUCCAGGGAAGGGCGACGGUGGAGGAGGCAGAUGGCAGUACACACUCUCUAUAUGUUUGAGGAGAAAAGGAAUCCAGGGAAGAGCGACGGUGGAGGAGGCAGAUGGCAGUACACACACGAACACACAUCUACAGUAACUUGCAAAAGUAUUCAUACCCCUUGGAUUUCUUCCAAUUUUAUUGUGUUUCAAAGUGCGAUUUUAAAAUUGAUUUCAAUUGUCAACAAUGUAGUCUAAUGUCAAAGUGGAAGAAAAAUUCAAACAUUUUAAAGAAUAAUGCACAUUUUAUAACUAAAAUAUAGUGUCAAGUAUUCAGCCCCUUUGUUUAGGCAAGCUUAAAUUAGUUCAGGCUUAACAAAUCGCGUAAUAAGUUACAUGGACUCACUCUGUGUGAAAUAAUAGGGGUUGAAAUUAUUUUGGAAUGACUAACUCAUCCUCU